UUAUUGUUGGCAGUUAAUAGAAUCAACGUUAAAACUUAACUAUUAACUUGAAUGAGUACUAUCAUGAUCAGUGAACUCACCACGGUCCCGUCCUCGUUGAAUGAACCACCUGCAUGCCUUGCAUUUGAACGAUAUUUUCUCAUCAUCAGCCAUUAUCUGUGACGCACUAAAUCAGGAGUAGAAUCACGAGAUCGCCCUCUGAAACCAAAUGUCAGUUUGCUGAGCGGGCAAGGUGUCAGGCCUAUCAGGACGGAGUCCGCCAUCGCAUGAAAAGUAUUAUCCUGUUUAGGAUAAUAGACUUCGGAAGUUAUGGCCAGUUUUAGACGCUGCCGCCCGACACAAUCGUAUCAGCAGGUGCCCUCGCGACCUGAACAACCCAAUGGACCAAGCUGAGAAAGACACGAAGCCCAAAUUAGAGUUCCUGGCUCUUGCUGAGGAACUUCGCUCUUACAUUCUGAGCUUCCUUCCUUGGCAAGAUAUUGUUCGUUGUACAUUUGUAUGCAAGGCCCUUCGCCAGACAUGCAUAAUAUCUUCCGAGCUCCAGUACAUCAUAGAACUCGGUGGCCAACGAUUAUUACCAGUCCCCAUCGCGGAUCUCCGCAACCACACUUCUGUUUCUCAGCGCUUACAACUCUUAAGGAACAAAGCCCACGCAUGGUUCCAGUUUAACCUCCACGCUUGCUCUUUCCAAACAUUAUCUAUACAAGAACAAUUUUAUGAAGUGAGGACAUCUCUCGCUGACGGGCAUUUCUGUUUAUGGCACGAAAGUGAAGACUCGGAACACUGGGCCAAGAUCAUUCCAAUACUUCCAAAGCCCUCACAGUCAACAGUCGAGCGAUAUUGGUCUCCAGCAUCACUGUGUUCGGUUCCCAAUGCAUAUAUCGUCGAUGUACAUAUGGACCCAACACAAAACCUGAUCGCGAUCGCGUACGCUGUCAGUCAUGAUAUGACACAGGAGGGGAGAUUCUACGUUGACCUUAGAGAGCAUCUGACGCUCAAGGGUUUGGGGAGGCAUCUCGCCCUCCAGUGCUCCCCAGGGUUCGAUGAUCCACUCAGAACAUCUCGGGUCAUCUGGUGGUUGCAACUUUGGGACUGGCAACAUUCGACAACGUCCAAUAGCAACCUCAGUGAUACAAUGUCACACUUCCAAUUCUCAAUCGAUUUUUUAUUUGUUGGAAAUAAUAGGUUGCUGAUGGUCAGCGAUGUCUUGAAGCUUUAUUCAAUCGAGGAUAUGUCCCAGGAACCACAGUUGCUGGCAUGUUACUCGUUGCCCUUUACAGUGAUGGGUGAACACUCCUUACUGCCCAUCGAUGACAUUGCGCAUGGCUCACCGUUGCAGAUGCAAGCCCAACAAACAAUGUGGACUUCAGACAUUGAACAUCGACUGUUAUGCUAUGUCACGUCUCGUCUACGCUUCGUCUUCGUCAUUUCCACCAGUAUCUUCUUCGAUCUCGACUCGGAGCGCGUUGGUGAAAAGGCAGUCACAAUACCAUGGCAAAGCUGGGGCCCUGCGAAUACCCGUGUGUUUCCAGACUCCUGGAAAGUUUUAGUCAGCGGGAAUCGAAUUAUACAGGUAUUCCCUGCAGACGUUAGGUCCCGGUAUAGAUUGCAUAUGAUGGAUUUCAGUCCGUUGGCUGUUGAGCGCCGGCAGGGUCUAGGACGAGUGGUGACAGAGCCAUCCGCAACAGAAGUCCAUGAGUCGGGGAAGACGUUAAUAACAUCUCUGCAUUAUGUCGAGGUUGUGUCCGACAGAGUCUUCGAUGCUGUCGAGUUAAUCGGGAUGUGGCUCGAUAGGGACAGAAUUUAUUUAGCCAAGAUGAUGGAUCCGCCGGACGACGACCCCGGGGAUCUAAGAAUAGACCAGCUUGAAGUCAUCGAGAUGUCAACCGUUGAAUAUUGACCUCUCAUGAUUGUGGUAUAGGCA